CAGCGUGCAUGCCGGAGAGCAAAACAACACACUAGCGCGGCACACGUGGAGCUCCUCCAUCCACUCUGCCGCUGCCUCGGCCUCAGCUGAGGAGAGGUGUUCAGAGGCGGAGAAGAGAGGAGGAGGACAAGAGGCGCUUCAGUAUUACAGGGAGGAGAGCCCGAGAGGAGGAAAGAUUCCCCCAAACGCAGUGAGGGCCUCGGAUGAGGAGAAGAGGAGAGCAGAGGGCAUUGGAUAGGCUUCAUUCAGAAUGGCAGCUCCAGACUUACUGGACCCCAAAACGGCCACUCACAACAACAAGCCCCGCCUCUCCUUCUCCACCAAGUCCGUCACGCUGACCCCACGAGAGGAGAGCGAGGUGGUUGCCACGGUGAUGAAAAGGAAGACGGUGACCGCCAUCUUUCUUUUGGUGGUCCUCUACCUGGUGAUGGGAGCGGCCGUCUUCAGGUCCCUGGAACAGCCUCACGAAAGUGCUCAACGCUUGGCCAUCUUCAAUCAGAAGUUGGAUUUUCUGGCCAAACACUCCUGCGUCAACUACAGUCAGCUGGAGGAUCUAGUUAAGCAAGUCGUGUCGGCCAUUCGCUCGGGAGUGAACCCCGCGGGAACGCUCACCAAUCCCAGCAGCCUGUGGGACCUCAGCUCCGCCUUCUUUUUUGCCGGCACUGUCAUCACAACCAUUGGUUUCGGCAACAUCUCCCCUCACACGGAAGGCGGGAGAAUCUUCUGCAUCGUCUACGCUCUGCUGGGCAUCCCUCUGUUCGGCUUCCUCCUGGCCGGCGUGGGCGACCAGCUGGGCACCAUCUUUGGGAAAAUCAUCGCCAGAGUGGAGAAGAUGUUUGUGCACUGGAACAUCAGUCAGACCAAGAUCCGGGUCAUAUCUACGCUGCUGUUUGUGCUCUUCGGCUGCUUGCUGUUUGUGGCGCUCCCAGCAGCCAUCUUCCAACACAUCGAGGGCUGGUCGGCGUUGGAGUCGCUCUACUUUGUGGUCAUCACUUUGACCACCAUCGGCUUCGGGGACUUUGUUGCGGGAGGCUCAGAAAUCGAGUACUUGGACUACUACAAACCCGUUGUGUGGUUCUGGAUUCUGGUGGGACUGGCCUACUUUGCCGCCAUCCUCAGCAUGAUUGGAGACUGGUUAAGAGUCAUUUCUAGAAGGACCAAAGAAGAGGUGGGAGAGAUUCGCGCCCACGCAGCCGAGUGGACCGCCAACGUGUCAGCUGAGUUGAAGGAAACACGGCGACGAGUGAGCGUCGAAAUCUACGACAAGUUCCAGCGGGCCGCUUCCAUUAAACGCAAACUGUCGUCCGAGCUCGGUUUCAGCCCCGCCCCCGAAUUCGCGCUUCCCCGGAGGACGGUGUCAGCCAAUCACAGCGAGGAGCGGGAGAAGAGCGACAAGGAGGCGGGGCUACCCGGGCUGACCUCACAGCUGACCCGGAACUGCGGCUUGUUUAUGAACGGUCUGGACCUGGAAAGAGGCGAAAUGGCCGUCGUCGAACACAUUAAGUGAAAGACACUUUGUAUUAUGUCCCGCUCGAAAACACCGCGGCUCUCCUAAUGAUGGCGGAUGUCGUCGUCCUCCGUACAGAAUUCCAGGUUUUUUUGGACGAGUUCUGGGAGCUGAGGUGUCAAUCGACAAUGGGAGCAUCUGCUCAAUAUCCAAGCACUCGCAAAUCUGCCUCUAACUGCCGUAUUUGAACAGUUCAUUCAAACAUGUUCCUUAGUUCUCAAACUAUUUGACUCCUGUGACCCCCUUAUAAUCCACACGCCAAUGAAACACAACUACCGCAUGUACCCUUAAAUGCCAGAAGGAUUGAAAAGGUGCGCAUUUGGGGGGGCUAAAAAAAGUUGGAAUAUUACAAUAAGAAACAUAUUUUUUAAAAUGACAUUAUGAUUAUCGUAUUGUUACUAACACCAAUUAAACAACUAGCAUGUGUAGACUACCCCUAAAUGCCAUAAGAUUGAAAAAGCGGCCUAUUUUUGUAGGGAAAAAAAGUUGUGAUCUUUACAAUAACAAAUUCAUAUUUUUGAAAGAAAAAGCCAUAGAAUAAAGAUGGAUUUUACCCAAAAAGUCAGAAUACAUUGGACCCUCGCGUAUUUCUGGUUUUGGCAUUUGCAAAUUCUUGAGAGAAACCCCUGCUUGUUCGCUUUUUAAUCCCCCGCUUAUUUGCAGUUUCAUGGCCCAAUCCCUUUCUGAAUCCUCUCGGCUGCCUGAGGUCCCUUCACGUUCCUUCUGUUUGCUGGUCUUAUGCCCAGUUGUUGGCAAACGAAGGAUGGGCAUUCUCUAUUUUCCAGAGGUGGCUAUUCCACUAUAGUGUCAGCAAGGUUCUUGAAACCGAAGCUAUACUGCAAGACCGCGGGGGUGUCCCCACUAGUGUGCCCGCAAGUGCACGGCAAAUGAUGGAAACCUCGACUAUAACUUAUUCUGGAAAAUGUGUCUUUUGACUGAGGAAAAAUUGACUUGAUUUCUGUAGUAAUGCACCUUUUUCCCCCCAAAAUAAAAAAAAAAGACUAUUCAUGCAGGGA